AUGUUACAUAAUUUAGAAAUGUACAGUGCUUUCAAUGAAAGAAACUUAGGAAAGUUUAUAGAAGAAUUGGAAGUUUACAAAGCAGAUCCAAAUUUUAGAAUUGAUGCAAAAGACUGCACAAUUUUUGAAAAUAUAUUAGGCACGCCGGGAUCUGGAAUAUUUAUUAAAGCAUGUUUACAACAUGGGGCAGAUUUUAAUAUGAAACGAAACUCGAGCAAAUAUCCAUUGCAUUUUGUUAUUGAUUCACAAUGCAUUGACAAUCUAAAAGCAGUUGAGAAUUUAUUUUCAAUAAAUAAAAUCAAGGCAAAAUCUUCUCCUUACGUAAAUGUUAAAGAUUCAACAGGAAGGAAUGCUUUGCAUAUGCUAGCUGAACUGUUGACUAAUGAGUCAUUUGAAACCAUAUAUCCGAUGAUGAAGCUAUUAAUAAUUCAUGGAUGCAAUAUUAAUGCUGCAAAUAAUGAAGGAAAGACUCCAUUUUCUAUUGUUGCUGAAAAAGUUCAUCAACUUGAGAAAGCGGAUGACAUUACUAUUUACCUAGUUGAAAAUGGAGACGUGGAUUAUUUUUUACAUGAAAAUAAUGAAGUUCUUAAAAAAAUCUUAAAUCAAGAAGCUACGAAACAUAAAGAAAAGAAAGAUUUGGUUGUAAAUUAUGAGUCAAUGCUAGAGCUUCUAACUGAAGGCGAUAUUAACAAGUUUGAAACAAAAUUCAAGUUCUUUAAAAAUUCGAUCACAUCCACAGACAAGUUUAAUGAACAUUGUUCUGACUUAUUGGAAAUUGCGAUUAUAAAUUCAUUACUCAACAUUGUAGAUCUACUCAUUUCCAACGGUAUGGAUGUCAAUAGAAUAUCGGGAUUAAGUUCAAAUGGACUCCCACCAAUUUUCAGGGCAUACAAAAAUUCAAACAUUGGAAUCUUGAAUGCAUUAAUUCAGCAACCUAAUAUAAAGCUGCAUGUUGAUAGAUUUGGGCAUAAAUUCACACUUUUUCAUCAUUUUUUUGACGAAUUUAAGGAAAAAUCCAACAAAACUUCGUUCAAAAAUUUUGUAUAUUCAAGAGAAAUGUCUCAAGAUGAGAAUAAAUGCUUCAACUUUUUACUUACAAAUAAAUCAACAUGCAGCCAUAAAUACUUGAAUGAAAAGGAUGAAGGAAUUUAUUCAGUAUUAAGCUAUUCAGUUCAUUAUAAAAUGGAUUAUAUGACUAUUGAAUUACUUAAAGCUGGUGCAUACGUUGGACCGGUUAUCAAAAAAAUCAGAAAAAGUAUGCUAGUUGAAUUGCUUGAUAAUUGUAUUAGCACUGACAAUCAUUUUCUGGAUGAUAAAGAUUUCGAAAUAAAGCUGAAUUAUGGAUUUUUGAUACCUCCAGUAAAAGCUGAAAAAUCAGCAACAAAAGAUGAAGAAACAAAGUUGGAGAUUGCAAAAAUUAUUCCAUUAAAAAAGAACUACGAAGAAAUGAAGCCAUUGAGUGACAUUGCUGAUGAUGUUGAACUAAGAAGACUAGUGACUCAUCCAGUUUUAUCUUCAUUCAUCCUGUUAAAGUGGAAUAAGAUAAACUUUUUAGUUUAUGUAAACUUAUUUAUGAUUCUAUUCUACAUGUUUACUUUCAUCCCGUUUAUUUAUUUGCUUCAAGAAUCAAUCGAGAAUUCAAUUAGAAGUAGAAAUUCAGAGAUAAUUUUAAAUGUCUCUUCAUUUGGAUCGAAUUUUAGACCUAAAUCUACAAUCUACUAUGUAUUCUACAUUUUAUCUUGUAUCAGCUUAUUGCUGAUCAUUGCCAGAGAAUCUUCACAAUUUUUCUUAUCAAUUAAGCAAUAUUUCAUGAGCCGUUCCAAUUGGAUAGAUAUGAUUCUAAUAUUAUGCUCAUUGGCCAUCUUAUUCAGGGUUUUUGAUCAUAAAAAUCCACAUCAGUUACGGAUCUUCUGCACUAUCGUUACAAUGCUUACAGUUGCAGAAUAUUUUAGUCUUUUGGGUUACCUGCCUGUUCUUUCAGUCUCACUGCAUACGAAAAUAUUCAAAAAAGUAUUAAUGACGUUCCUGAAAUCAUUGGCUUUUUAUUCAAUACUGAUUUUAGGAUUUGCUCUUAGUUUUCAUACACUGCAUGGAGAUAAGUUCAUAACUGACAUAAGAAACGGUAAUACAACUAUUCCUGGUGAUAUUUAUCCAACAAAUCACACGAGAAAUGAACGAUUUAACAACUUCUAUACAAUUCAGUUGUCUGUAGUAAAGUCAUUUAUUAUGCUGACUGGAGAACUUGAGGGGAGUUAUGUUCGAUUAGAUGGAAUCGCAUACAAAGCUCUUUUUGUGCUUUUUGUGUUUCUUGUUACAAUUGUGCUGUAUAAUUUAUUAAAUGCUUUAGCUGUAUCUGAUACUCAAGAAAUUAAAUCAGAUGCUAAGUUGAUUGAUUUAUGCCAAAGAAUUAAGACAAUGGAACAGAGUGAAGAGAGUGUUUUUCAAAAGAAUUCUCGAUUUGGACAGAAACUUAAAAGUAUAAUUUCUUUAUUUCCAAAAACUAUAAGUGAUGGAUGCAUAACAAUUAAGCCUAACAAAGGACGCUAUGUUCUGGUAAAGAACAGAAAAAUUUGCUCCAAUGACUGGAUACCAAAUUAUAUGAGCUGCUUAAAACGUUAUGUCAAAAUGAAUGAAGAAAUCAUUCAAGAUAUGCGCAUUCAUAUUCUCAACAAACGUGAGGAACAAGCAAAAAAUGUUAUAAGAAGUUUAAAGGAGAAUCGUUAUGAAAAAAUGGCCAAUGAUAUUGUCAAGCUAAGUGAAAUUAUGAAUAAGAUACAGUCCAGAAUUGAUCAAUUGCAGAAUGGUUCUUGA